AUGAAUGAAAUAAAGGUAUCAUAUUUAAAUUAUCCUAUUUAUGGAAUUGGAUCCAAUGAAAAUUAUGUAGUCACAUCAGGAGGGGGUGGGGGGAAAAGUUAUGGUAUUGAAGAUUUACUAGAUAUUAAUACAUUUAAUGAAAAGGAAAAGAAGUUACAAGUUCUUUGGUCAACAACAGAACAAAGAGGUGUAGUAGAUUCUAUCAUAUAUGUAGAGAAACAUAAUAUAUGGUUAGGGUCAGUAAGAAAUGAAUGUGUAAUAUUUCAAAUAAAUGAAGAAACAGGACCAAAUAUAUUAUUAACUUUUGUAACUGAUUUUAGUGAAAAAAAUUCAAGACAAGUUGUGGUUAAAUUUUCAUCAAAUGAUGAUUUAAUAAUAACAGGAGGAGAGGAUAAAACAUUACGUUUAUGGAAAUUGAAAUUAACUAAUGAUAAUAAAUAUGUACAUGUUCAUAAUAAUUUAUAUUUAGAUAUUACCAAAGCUGUUGAACAUUUAGGAGAUUUUACAGGACAUGAUGAUAGUAUUAAAGAUUGUGAUAUCACAUUAGAUGAACGGAUUAUAAUAUCAUGUUCAUCUGAUAACUCAUUAAAAUUAUGGGAUACACACAGUUUAAUUAAUUUACAUACCGAACAAAUGAAAAAUCCACAAAAUUCAAAUGAUAAAUUAAAUUUUCGUUGUUGUAAAUUUUUAAAAAAUAUAGAUAUAAAAAAAGAAUAUUCUUAUACCUUAUUAACUACAGCUUAUACAACUAGAGGUAAUAGUUAUUUAAUAAUAUGGGCUAUAUAUUAUAAUGAUAAAAAAGAAAAAUUUACGUGUACAAAACAGAAAUUUAUCUGGUUAGAUAAUAGACCAUGUUGUAAUAUAGCUAUAAGUACAAAUGAAAAAUAUUUAGCUUUAGGUUUUAGUACUGGAGCACUUAAAAUUUAUAAUUCUAAAUUUUCUCUUUUAGCUCAUUAUAAAAAACAUGAAUUACCAAUUACUGCUAUGUGUUUUAUUAAAAAUGAUGGUUAUUUACUAUCUGCUGGAGCAGAUUACAGUAUUAGCUGUCUCAAUAUUAAUUCCUUUACUUUUCGUUAUUUAAGAAAAAUAUGGAAAUAUCUUAUCAUUCUCCUUAUUGUACUUGUAAUAUCUAUUAUUUUGCUUGACUGCUUCAAUGUUGGUUACGAUUUGCGCAUAAACAGUUUAGUUCGUGAUAGGACCAACGAGAAUAAAAUUAAAGUUGUCCAUGGGAAAAAGGGAAAGACCUCCGAUGAGCUGUGA